AGGGAGCGUAGCAGAAUAACAACAAUGGCGGCGCCUCAGACGCGAAAUGAGCCAACUUGAAAAAAAAAAGCUUGAAAUAUUCUGUGCGUUGGUAACAUUUUUUUCUGUACAAUCAAUCUGUCCAUAUGUUUAAUGCGAAUGGACAACAUGCCAGCAUCGCGAAGUGUGGCUGUCUUCCUCGGGGCAUCACUUUCUGGGAUUCUUCUCGGCCUUUUAACGUUACAGUCCAAGAAAAGCGACCAAAGAUCCCAUUCACCAUCUGUUAAAAACCUGCAAGUAGAAAGUUACGACCACUGGUUUUCGGAAUCUGGCUACGAGCGCACAGACCCAAAUUUCGGUGAAAAAAGUGAAGCGGACUUUCUCUUCCACAGGACACCUGUCAUCUGCCUUAUUUAUGCCCAGUCACCUCAGCAGGUCCGGUCGGUUGCCAGCACUUGGACCCGGCACUGCAAUCAUGUUAUCUACUUCGGCACUAUGAAAGAUGCAUACGUACACAUUGUACCUUCUGACUCGCCCUGUCAGAUUAUAAAAUUUGCGUGGAAACGAUUUGGCGGAAAAUUCAAAUGGGUCCUAAUCGCAGACGAUGAGACGUUUGCUGUGAUAGAAAACUUGCGAGCGUACGUGGCAGCUCUCAAUUCGAGCCUAGUUUAUUACUUGGGUCACCCGAUGCAGGUUUCCCACGGAUUUUACAACGUACUAAACGCCGGCAUCCUUCUAAGUGAAGGGUCAGUGCUUUUAUUGCGAGGAAUGUCUUGUAAAAACCUGAGAGGUGUAACAUUCGAUAAGACACUGGGUCGACUUCUGAAGCACCUCAGGCCCAUAGACACUCGAGAUGCCAAGAAUCGGGGUCGAUUUAACCCUUUCAGUGUGGAAAAGAUGCUCAUCCCUGGAUCUGUCUCCUAUUUCAACUCUUACUGGAGGUCCAGUCUCUUCUUGAGCCCCGAGGGUGGAAACUGUUGCAGCAACCGUGCCAUCACAUUCCACGGAAUCAAUCCUGUGGACAUGUUCCUCAUGGAAUAUCUGGUGCAGCGUGUACGGAGGACAUCCACACACCCAACACCCACGGGUGUCCCUCCACAAAAAAUUCCUCUCGAUCUACGUAGUUUUAUGAAUGGAAAGGCAUUUGUCAAACCCUUUGGGAUAAGUAAAGUAGGUCAAGUUGAUUUGUUGUGAAUCGAAUCAUUGAGGCUUUCCAGCAAAACUUUUGCUCUAUCAUGAUUAUGUCAUCUUAUCGAUUUCUUGAUGGAAGAAGAUGCACAAUUCCCUCGUCUACAUGUUUACAAGCAGAGUACAAUUAAUGUUGUAUUCUGUAAUAGCGCAGAUAUUUUUCAUGCUGCAUUUACACGGUGUAUCCUGUGCACAAACUAUUAAUUCAUCAACUUUAUGAUGCGUAAGUGCCUUAUAAAACAAAUGCCUCACGUAUGAACUGUAAUACGUCUCAGUAGUAAAGAAACAUGUGCCACAAGUUGAUCUCAAUAAUGUCAGCACCAACCUAGGUGGUGACAGAUAUCACUAAUUUUUUCAACAUUUUAUUAAAAGUUAUUGUAGAGCACUAUGCAAAUGCGAUAAACCACAGGUUUUCCCUCUUUCCUACUCAUUAAUCAAAGAGCACAAUUUGUUUCAUUCUCUUAUUUUUAACACUAUUGUCAACAUAGUUUUCAACGUGCAUUCUUUUUUAUAAAUAUACACCUUUUUUUAUGCUAGUGAGUGUGUCACAUUUGUUGCCUAUUUGCUACUGUGCAUCUGCAGCUACAAAAUCUAUUUGCACGGACCAUUGUUAUUACAGAAUCUGAUGUAAAUAAACAUUUUUAUUUGUAGAAA